AUACUCAGCUGACAUGGUAGCAUUAGGAUGCACCGUGUUAUAGGAGUCCUGAAUAUGAAGAAAUGUAACUCGCCUAACCGCAUCGAGCAUGCUGCUAACGGGUUAAUUUGCCACAGAUGCCAGCCUACUGAGAAUCGAAAUCGGAUCUGUCAAUCAUCAAAACAACUCCAACGAAUCUCAGUCCCCCACCAUUAGCAAUUACGAGCUCCAAGCGCAUUCUGCCCUUCAAAAAUAAAACGAAAUGUGCACCAAAGACUGCUACAAAGUGUUCGGGUACUUCCUGGGCUUUAUGUGGAUCGUUACGGCGUUUUACUACACGAUGGAAACGAUUGAACUGCUGAAACUGAUGCGACUGCAGUGCACCGGCCAAGCAAAAAACGAAACCCUUCGAAUCCAGUUCGACGACGAACUGGUGGACAAUGUUUGCAGUUUUUACGGACGGCUAGAUGACUUCAUGCCGUAUCACAUUGUGACCACCCUGAUCAAGAUGGUUCCCGGUAUUUUGCUGAUAGUGGGAAUAUUCAAGAGUAACAUAACGUUGAUCAAAGUUUUUAUCGUCUUCGCGCUUUUGGAGGAAAUAUUCUUCGUAACUGUAUUCUCGAAAAUAUUCACCCUGAUCAAUACGGAAGGUAAGAAGAGCUCAUGGAUUUUUUGGAUCUUGGUUUUCUCCUGCGCUAAAUUAAUACUAGGAAUAUGGAUUAUUCUUGGAGUGUACGCAGCCAUCGACAGCAGUAGGAAAAUAAUACACAGAAUGGUGUGAAGGCGUUCGGAUAUCUGGUAAAGCUUGGUAGCCCACAUAAUUUGAAUCUUUGGAAAGACGUUAUAAUAAUUGAUUUAUUUGCAUAUAAAUACAAAUUAACAACUGAUGUGUUAACAAUAUUGCAACACUAUUGCGCGUACGUUGAAAGGAUUACAUAUAUACAAUGCUAAUAAAUUGAUCUAAAACUAAUUUGAAUAAUAUAUAGUACAGAGUUAUUUACAAAGGCAGUGCUACGGUAAUAAUUAUACAAAUUUUACAGUGGUGUUUUAAUUUGACUUGUUUAAAAAAUAAUAAUUCGCGUAAGUAGAAGCUAUUGUCUCGUUUGCCAGCUAUUCGCUGAAAAUACCUGAUUCACUAGAAUUGAAGCUAUGCGACGAUUCUAUCGAUUUCUAACAGUUUAACGGAAUAUUUACAUAGUCUAGAACCAUUCUUUGUCCGUACAUUGGGCUACAUAAAAAAUCAAGUCUUUUCCGUUUACUGAUUGAACACUUAUUCCGGCUUGCUCCAUUACACGCUCUCCUUUGUCAUCCAUUGUCAGCCAUUCUUCAUCACUUCAACUUUUUUUCUUCU